UGUUCCCGUUUCCGAGUAGUGUGCUGCCAUCUGGCGGUUGCUACAGAAGUAACAGUGCAGUCGAAAAGUGGCGUUGUCAGGGAUUUGCCGCCAGAUAGUGCUGGUGUUAGGAGAGCGUUUUGUGUUGGUGGCACUGUGGACGCCAAAGAGACGACUUGGUGUAGUCUGCUGGUAUCUCGUGUGUGGUGAAGUUGUUUGUGAGAGCAGCGGCUGUGAGCGGCGAGUUCUGAUAUUUUUUUAAGAGAAGCACGCACGCGAGACAAUAGCUGUCGGAAUGUACAGUGAUUAUGCUUUGGAUAAUCAUCACCUGGGAUUACUUGUCUAGUUAUUAAGAUUCGUAUUAAUUGUUUGGAAUCGCGUGAUUCGUUUACUUUUUUCACACUGUAUGUUCGGCGAACAAAAUGAAACGAGGGUUAUUAAUUUUCUUCCGGGAUUUCAUGUUGGAAAGAGAAUUAUAAGUGUGUGGAAUAUGGGAUAACAGUUUCAGUCAAGUUCGCCCUGAGGUAGUAGCCCUAUUGCUCGCAUCUUCGCCUCCGAAGGUUGCUGCUUGCCCAAGCAGGCGGCCCUGGAGAGGCGGCUGUACAAUACAACGCGACGGCCAGCAACAAUCGGAACAACAAUCAGUCAUGAGGUGGAUACUACAAACCCGCAUUCAGGGCGCCGUUGUUAUGAUCAUCAUCGUCGCUUUGAAUCAGGUCUGUUGCUCCGGCGUGUUCGAGCUGAGGUUGAAAUCGUUUAUCAACGACCGUGGGAAGGACAGUGCUGGUCAGUGCUGCAGUGGGACUCCAUCCCAGGAUUCCGGUGCCUGUUCCGGACCUUGUCGAACGAGAUUCCGGGUCUGUCUGAAGCACUACCAGGCAAAGAUCGAUACAACCUCGCCGUGCACGUACGGGGACGUUAUCACGCCAGUUCUGGGCGAAAACACCGUUCGUCUGGUUGGGUCCGCGCAGCAGGAUGGAUUCGCGAACCCCAUCAGGUUCCCCUUUGACUUCGCCUGGCCGGGGACAUUCUCCUUGAUCGUGGAAGCUCUGCAUGAUAGAAACAAUGCAACAUCACGAUCCGCCGGGGAGACGCUGAUCACGCGCCUGACAACACAGAGGUUUCUGGACGUGGGGGAGAACUGGACGGAGGAAGAGCAUCUCUCGUCUCAUUCCGUGAUGAGGUACGAAUACCGAGUCACCUGCGACGCACAUUAUUACGGCGCCGGCUGCGCCAACCUGUGUCGGCCUCGAGACGACAACUUCGGCCACUACAAAUGCUCCCCCACCGGUGAUCGUGUCUGCUUGUCUGGCUGGCAGGGAGAUUACUGCACCAAACCUCGCUGCCUGCCGGGUUGUGACGAUCAGCAUGGACACUGCAACCAACCCAACGAAUGCCUGUGCCACAGUGGAUGGAAAGGGCGCCUUUGUGACGAGUGCGAGAGGUAUCCAGGAUGUCUCCACGGGACCUGCCAGAAGCCCUGGGACUGCCUCUGCAAUGAGGGCUGGGGUGGCUUGUUCUGCAACCAAGAUCUCAAUUACUGCACGAACCAUAAGCCAUGCAGACAUGGCGGGACAUGCUUCAACACUGGACAGGGUUCUUAUACAUGCAGCUGCCCCCCGGGGUUUGCAGGAACCGACUGCGAGAGGGAACUUGAUGACUGUGCCCAUCAUCCUUGUCUCAACGGAGGGACGUGCAAGGACAGUGGAACUAGCAGCUACCGUUGUGAGUGUCCUAAAGGUUGGCAUGGUCCUCACUGUGAGACGUCUGCCCAGACUUGCGAGGAUCAGCCCUGCAGGCAUGGAGGGAUCUGCAGUGAUACUUCCCAGGGCUACACCUGCAAGUGCCCCCCAGGAUUCAGUGGCACCGAUUGUGAGCAUCAGAUAGAUGAAUGUGCACCGUCGCCUUGCAAAAACAACGCCAGCUGCGUGGACCACAUAAACAGCUUCGAAUGCAUUUGUCCCACCGGGUUUACCGGGGAUCGCUGCGAAAUUAAUGUUGAUGACUGCAAGGGAAAUCCUUGUCUACAUGGAGGGACUUGCGUGGACAUGGUGAACCAGUUCCGUUGCCAAUGUGUGCCUGGUUACGUUGGAUCUCUGUGCCAGAGCAAAGUAGAUUACUGUAAGACAAAACCAUGCGCAAAUGGAGGUGAAUGUAUAGAUCUUGUUAAUGACUAUGCAUGUACUUGUCGACCAGGGUUCACGGGAAAGGACUGCAGUGUCGAUGUUGAUGAAUGCAUGUCGUCUCCUUGUAAGAAUGGAGGUACGUGCUCGAAUAGAGUGAACAGUUUCCAGUGUGUUUGUCCACAAGGAUACCACGGCAAGACGUGUAGUGAUGACGGGAAUGCCCUGGUACCGCACCAAGAUACCUCGAGUGCCGGUGCUUAUCUUGCCACUCCCGGAAACAUUUCCAGGCAUGUCUUGGAACAGACCGACGAAGAUACAGGUCUAUCAACUGAGCACGUUGUAGUCAUUGCGACCUUAUCGACCGCUGUGCCGAUUCUUGUGCUUGUAGCGGCAGUUGUAGUGAUGUGCUUGAAACGCAAAAGAAAACGCGAGCAGGAGUUGGCGGACGAAGAAGCAAGAAUGCAAAACGAGAGGAAUGCUGUCCAUAGCAGCAUGACGAAACGAGGUGGCAGUGGUACAGUGGGAGGUGACACUCACAUGAUUAAGAACACGUGGGGGAAAUACAUCAAUAAUGUACUGGCAGCAGGGGAUGAAGGGGGUGGUGGAAGUGUAGUGAGUGUGAGUGCGGACCUCAGUAACGGGAGUGACUUAUGCUACCCAAAACAACAGCAGCAACAACAGGUCGUGGACGGUAGUGUACCUGUGUAUACGCUUCAGCGAACGAGGUCGCAUAAACAGUUGAACACCGACGUCCACCGUGGCAGCCAGUCGAACAGAACAUCGACUGCAUUACUCGCCAGUAAACUGGACAAAGACUUUGAUAAUUUGUGUCCGAGCAACACGCAGCAGCAGAGGACGCCAUCAUCCAAUGUAGCGGACAAGAGGAUAUCUGUCCUGUCCGUGGAUUCGUCGCUUUGCAGUGCGAGUGAUCCAACAUUAGUCAAGCGAUGUCUCGACAAAGACAGUAAUAGUAUUCUGUCGGCAGCCACGAGUUCUGGGCCGACAAGCAGUGUGUUUGUGAUAGACGAUCAUUUCCACCAGCCAGAGGGUCUUCUGGCUACAGAGGUGUAGCAUGAUAAUGUGAUCUCUAUACUCCGAGUGACUGGUGAUGAAUGCCCCUCCCCAUACACCACUCACCCCUUCGUAGCACCCCACUUCUAUUACUCAAGACUGAACGCGUGUACGUACACACCGAACGCCAGUAUUCGAACGUACACAACAAAUGUAAAGGGUUGAUUUGGAGGGCGGUGGUGUUUGGAACGAAGAAAGAAAACAAAUGAAUAAAUAACCACCUGUACAUUUAUUUAUUUUUAUUGAUAACUCCCAUACUGGAAAUGUACUUUUCAAUGUUCUGGUUCCUGUUAUGAAUAUUGACAACGGGUCAUCUCAGAUUCAAGGGAAAAAGUAUUCGAAUGAGAUGUGCCACCACGUAGGGUGAUCCUUGUUAAUUGUAGACAGAUUUAAAAAAAAAA